AUGGAAGCAACCUCCAUCUUUGCCAUCGCGGCAACGGCCGUGAUACCGUUCGUCUCGCUCUCAUCACUCUCCAUCUAUCUUUCCUCCCACCCAGCCUCGCCUGCGUAUUCGCUUCUAAAGAGAGGCGGCGUCCAGCUCCCUUCCUCCUCCGACGAGGCACUCGCUGCAGCUCCUCGCGAUGCGUUUGAACUCGAGGACCCUUUGGUCCUCACCAACGGCGUACCCGUCCGCGAAGAGCAGUUCUGGCGUUCACAGUGGCUUCUCAAGCUUGCCUUGCUGUUGACCCUCAUCCCUCCUUUCCUCGCCAACCUUGCCCUCCUGGUUCUCACCCUCAUCUCCGUCGAGGGCCUCGAGGAGCACGAGAAGCUGCGUGCAAUCCUUCUGCCCUCACUUCUCAUCCCGGCGCAGGUGGUGACCAUCGUUUUGACAUGUGUCUACUUUCAACAGAAAGAGACGCGCACCCACUGGCCCACGACGAUCCACCUGGCGUCCACCCUUGUCACACAGUUUAUCGUUCUCACCGGCCUGGCCAUCAUGCCAACGACGCCGAUGCCAUCGUCCCCAAUCAGCUUCACUACGCUCGCCGCCCGCAUGGACGCAUUCGGUAUCGCCCCCGUCAAGGCUAUUACCGUCCUCACAGCUGCCCUCCCCGUCUUGACCUUCUUCCCCUUCCUCAUCAUCUGCCUGGCUCGCCGUGGCCCUGCCAUGUACAUGCCCCUCAAGGACAUUUACCCGGCCAAGAUUGUUGACGCCGUGCCAGCCGACCACCCCGCUCUCAACCCCAACCUUCCCAACGUCAGCGCCCAGGUUCAGUGUACGGUCGUGGAAUGGAUUCUGUUCUCGUACACGGACGUGGUGAUCGAACGUGCCAAGGUCAGCGACUCGAUGGACGUUCCCGACCUCCCCGUCCUUGUCGCCAACAUGCGUGCUCUCAAGAACUAUUUGAGCAUGAAGCGCGUCUACGGCCGUCAGCGUUCUCGUCUCGGGAAGAAGGAGGGCUUCAACCUCCUCUUCAAGCUUGCCAAGGUCAACAAGGGUCUGCUCAUCGCCCAGACUGUCCUUGCUGUCGUCACCGCCGUCGGCUACUACGCUCCUCACAUGGUGCUCAACUUCUUCAUCCGCUACCUCGAGAACGACCCCGCUCGUACCCACCCGGCCUGGGGAUGGCUCUUUGCCCUCGGUCUCUUCGUGUCCAACGCCCUCAUCUACAUCAUGUCGGGCAUCAUUUGGUCCAUUAGCUCCACGCUCCUCACCGGUCGCUUCAAGCUGCAGCUCAACACGAUGUUGUUCAGCAAGACGCUGCGCAAGAAGGACAUUGCUGCUCCUGGUGACGACACCGGCGCCGUCGGUGGUGUCAAGGAGGAGGCUGAAAAGGCCAAGAACAAGAAGGACAAGAAGGACAAGGGCGAGGAAGAAGAGGAAGAAGAGGCUGUCACGUCAAAGUCUCAGAUCAUGACCCUCUUCACUGUGGACGUUGACCGUGUCACCGAGUUUAUCCACUACUCGUUCGCCGUUGUUGACUCGCCCACGGAGAUUGUGAUUGCCACCAUGAUGCUGUACUGGAUGCUCGGCACUUCGGCUUUCUGGGGCCUGCUCGCUUCCAUCCUCUGCAUGCCUCUCAACCACCUCGCCUCCAAGUUUGUUGUCACCGCCCAGGAGAACCUCAUGAAGACUCGUGACCAGCGCACGGCACUCAUGAACGAGGUCCUCCAAGGUGUGCGCAUGCUCAAGUUUAUGGCCUGGGAGCGUUCGUUCGAAAAGCGCAUCAACACCAUUCGUCGCAACGAGCUCUCGUGGCAGGCCCGCAACUACCAGAUUGAAGUGGCCUUCAACUGUCUCUGGGCAAUCACUCCCGUGAUUGUCACCGUUGUCUCGUUCAUCCACUUCACCCUCGUCCGCGGCCAGCCCCUCACCCCGUCCAAGGCGUUCACCUCGCUCGCCGUCUUCGCCGAGCUCCGUUUUGCCCUCAACGCUCUCCCCGAGUGCUUUAUCCAGGCCCUCCAGGGCUUUGUCUCAUGUCGCCGUAUUGAAAAGUACAUGUCGCUUGCCGAGGUUUCCGAUGUGGAGACCUUCCCCGGCGGUGAUGUCGUCCUCAACUCGGCCACAUUCACUUGGCCCAGGGACGACUCGUCUGCUGGCGCCAAGUCUACCGCCCCGACUCCCCGCGCUGCCUUCACGCUCGCCGACCUCACCCUCCGGUUCCCCCAGGGCAAGCUUUCUCUGAUCUGCGGUCGUCUCGGCUCUGGCAAGUCGCUUCUCCUCGCCGGUCUCCUGGGCGAGGCCGACCUUCUCUCGGGUCAGUCCAUCUGUCCUCGCUCUGAGCCAGACACCAUGUCUCGCUUUGACGCCAAGGUCAACGACGACAACUGGAUCCUCCCUCACAUGGUCGGCUACGUCCCCCAGCAGGCCUGGCUCCAGAAUGCGAGCAUCAAGGACAACAUCGUCUUUUCCAGCCCCUGGAACGCCGAGCGUUACGCAAAGGUCAUUGAGGCGUGCUCCCUCACUACCGACUUGGAGAUUCUCGAGGACGGUGACGAGACCGAGAUUGGUGAGAAGGGUCUCAACCUGUCUGGCGGCCAAAAAGCCCGUGUCUCGCUCGCUCGUGCGGUCUACUCUCGCGCAGGCGUCCUCUACCUCGAUGACGUUCUCUCGGCCGUCGAUGCGCACACUGCUCACUUUAUCAUGGACAACUGCUUCAACGGUCCCAUGAUGGCCGACCGCACCCUCCUCCUUGUCUCGCACCACACCGCCCUCGUCUCCCCAUCGGCCGCCUACAUUGUCGCUCUUGAGAACGGCGAUGUCAAGUUUGCUGGCACUCGCGCCGACUUUGUUGAAUGCGGUCUCAUGAAGGAGCUCGACGCAGAGGACCCCGAGGGUCCCACUGUCGGCGAGAAGCUCGAAGAGAAGACUGUCGAGGAGAACAUUGCGUCGUCCUUCAAGCCCGGUCACAAGGCUGUCAUGAGCCUCAGCGGAACCGCUGGCCUCUCGGAGCCCAACUCGGAGACCAGCUCGAUCGCUCCUACGGACGACGAGCUCACGGCUGCUGGCGCAUCCACGCCCGAGCUCGUCAAGGCGAAGACUCCCCGCAAGCUCAUCGAGGACGAGAAGCGCGUCCGUGGCCGUAUUGCCCUCCCCGUCUGGAUGACCUACUUCCGUGCCCUCGGCGGUCCCGUGUGGUGGAUUUCCUUCAUCCUCACCCUCGUUAUCGCCGCUCUCGUCCCCAUUGCUGAGCAAGGCUGGGUGACCUACUGGUCGCGUUCGGCUCUGCCUAACAGCGGGGAGACGGCCCACUCCCCGACUUACUACGUGCUGGGUUACGCCAUCAUCUCCAUCCUCGGUUGCUUCCUCUCCAACGCCCAGUUCGCCGUCACCUACUUUGGCUCCCUCCGUGCCUCGCGCAUCCUGCACUCGCGCAUGCUCGAGUCGGUGCUGUUCGCCACACUCCGUUUCCACGACACCACCAGCCGUGGCCGUCUACUCAACCGUUUUGGCAAGGACAUUGAAGGUCUCGACUCGGCCAUGGGCGACCACCUCGUCCGUUCCAUCCAGUACGCACUGAACGUUGUCAGGACACUCGUCACUAUCACCUACGUCGGCGGCUGGCCGUUCAUCUGCGCUGCCCUUCUCAUGUUCGUUGUCUACUACCGCGCUGGGUCCAUGUACGGCCAGGCGUCUCGCGACAUGCGCCGUCUCGACUCGGUCACGCGUUCACCCCUCUACUCGCUCUUUGGCGAGACCGUCUCAGGUGUCGCCGUCAUUCGCGCCUUUGGUGCCAGCACCGUCGCCCUUUCGGAGAUGAUGCAUCUGGCCGACACCAACCUGAUCGCCUUUUUCUGGGCGUGGACCGUCAACCGCUGGCUCUCGGCUCGCUACAACCUCCUCUCGGCCCUGCUUGUCGGCGUCACCGCCGCGGCCAUCCUUGUCGCUCCCCGUGUGGACGCCGCCAUGGCUGGUUUCGCCCUCUCGUUUGCCGCCUCCAUCAUGCACGACCUCCUCUUCGUCGUCCGGCGUUUUGUUCAGCUCGAGCAGUCCAUGGUCGCCCUCGAGCGUAUCAAGGAGUACUCCGAGGUCCCCCAGGAGGCACCAGAGAUUGUCGAGCCCCGCCCGGCUGCCGACUGGCCCGCCGAGGGUGCCGUUGAUGUCCAGGACCUGGUUAUCCGCUACGCCCCCGAUCUCCCCGACGUUCUCCACAGCAUUUCGUUUUCGGUGCAGCCUCGCGAGAAGAUUGGUAUUGUCGGCUCGACGGGUUGCGGCAAGUCGACGCUCGCCCUGUCAUUCUUCCGUUUCGUCGAGGCCACCUCGGGCAAGAUUACCAUUGACAACGUCGAUAUUGCCAAGAUUGGUCUUACCGACCUCCGUUCCCAGAUCAUGAUUAUCCCCCAGGACCCAACCAUUCUGUCCGGUACGCUCCGUUCGACUCUGGAUGUGUUUGACGAGUACGACGAUGCCGACAUUUACGAGGCUCUCCGCCGUGUCCACCUCUUGACCGCUGACGAGGAGGUCGGCCCCGAGGCCGCCGCCGCUGCCGCUGCCACGUCGUCUACUUCGCAGCAGGACGGCGAGGCCGAGCGCAACGCCAACGUCUUCCGCGACCUCUCCCACCCUGUCUCUGAAGGAGGCGACAACUUCUCCUCGGGCGAAAAGCAGCUCAUCUGCAUGGCCCGCGCCAUUCUCCGCCGCAACAAGGUUCUCUUCAUGGACGAGGCCACCGCCUCGAUCGACUACGAGACGGACGAGCUCAUCUCCAAGACCAUCCGCCAGGAAUUCAGCGACUCGACCAUCCUGACCAUUGCGCACCGUAUCCACACCAUUAUCGACUUUGACAAGGUCCUCGUCAUGCACCGCGGUUCGAUCGCAGAGUAUGCCUCGCCCGCUGAGCUGCUGCGCGACCACAAGAGCAGGUUCUACGGCCUGUGCAAGGCCACGGGCAAGAGCGAGUUCAAAAACCUCCGUGAGAUGGCUUUCGAUGCCGAGCGCAGGCGCAAGGAGGGCGACCAGCCGCUGGUCGAGGUGUAA